CAUCUUAAUAAAAGCAGAUGAAGCAAGAAAACAGAGAGACCACAGCUAAACAACAACCAAGAACAAAAAUGGCGAUGGCGAACCUUUUCCAGGAAAUCCAAAUCCCAAAUCAGAAACGGUUCCCCAAUUCCCCGCCUUUCCCUUCCGUCCUAGCGCCAGAUCCAACGUUGCUGCCUUCUCUCAGUGACUUCAUUUCAACCAUCGAAUCUCAGACGCCGCGCCUGGAGUCUCUGCUUCACGAAACAGGGGCGAUCCUCUUCAGGGGAUUCCCUCUCUCCACUGCUUCCCAGUUCAACCAAGUGGUGGAAGCGUUUGGAUUCCCCGAUUACCCUUACGUCGGCGGCGGAGCCUCCCGGACUAAAGUCGUCGGCCGUGUCUUCACCGCGAAUGAGUCGCCGCCGGAUCAGAAGAUCCCCUUCCACCACGAGAUGGCCCAUGUUCCUGAAUUUCCAACUAAGCUGAUGUUCUUCUGCGAAGUGGAGCCAAGGAGUGGCGGGGAGACGCCAAUCGUACUGAGCCACAUGGUGUACGAGAGGAUGAAAGAGAAGUACCCUGAAUUCGUGGACAAGCUGGAAGAGGAAGGGCUUCUUUCCAACAGAGUAUUGGCCGAAGAAGAUGACCCUUCUUCAGCAAUCGGUCGUGGAUGGAAAUCAAUAUUCUCUACCAAUGACAAGCAUGUCGCUCAUGAAAGAGGGCUGCAAAACUGGGAAUGAAGCUGGAGUGGAUUGAUGACGGAUCGUUGGCGAGAACAACAGUCGGCCCAAUGCCAGCAAUCAAAUACGACAAGUCGAGGGAUCGUAAAGUUUGGUUUAACGGGAUGGUGCCGAGUUACACAGCUUUUGGCGACGAGCGAAACGAUCCAACCAAGACCAUCGCGUUUGGAAAUGGCGACCCUCUGCCGGGAGAUGUGGUCUAUGGUUGUUUGCGGAUCAUGGAAGAGGAAAGCGUUGCUAUUCCUUGGCAGAAAGGGGAUAUCCUGUUGAUAGAUAACUCUGCAGUUCUUCAUGCCCGGAAGUUGUUCACUCCACCUCGUCGGGUUUUGGCUGCACUCUGCAAAUAGUGGAACUUAUAUUUUACUUUUUACUUUGUGGUGUGGACAUGGACUUCUAUUUGGCCUUAUACCGAAUUGAAUAAGAGAAACAAAGCGAGGUUAAGUGACUUAUUCGUUAACAU